UCUCACUUGCUCCUCAUCUCUCUCUGUCCUCCUUUUUUCAUUUCUGUGUGUGGACAAGGAGGGCUAACAUGGACUCUUUGGGUCUUUUUAUCUUUCUAAUGCUGGUGUGUUCCCAGUGGACAGCUGCCCCUGCUGCUGAGGAAAUUACCUGGACCUACACUGGUUUGGUGGGUCAGUCCGAGUGGUCAGAGUAUUUCCCGGACUGUGGUGGUACAUCUCAAUCCCCAGUGGAUGUGGUUACCACCCAGACUAAAUAUGACCCCAGUUUGAUUCCUCUGACCCCACUGGGCUACAGUCAGCACGGCAACAGGCCCUUCACUCUGUCCAACAAUGGACACACAGCUGUGAUUGAGCUGCCAGAGUGGAUGGGACUGAGGGGGCUGCCCUGGCUCUUCACAGCCGUACAGCUGCACCUCCACUGGGGCAGCGGCGGCCCGAGCCACGGGGGCAGUGAACACACCAUCAAUGGACUGAGUGCAGAGGCAGAGCUUCACGUGGUUCACUACAACUCGGAACUCUACCCCAACAUGUCUGCCGCCAUGACACAGAGGGAUGGCCUGGCGGUUUUAGGAAUUCUCAUUGUGACAGGUGAGGAGACAAAUGAUGCGUUCAACAACAUCCUCAACUACCUGAGCCGCAUCAGACACGCAGACCAGAAAGCUUCCAUCCCAGCCUUUGACGUCCAGUCCCUGCUCCCGAAGGAUCUGAAACGCUACUACCGCUACAAUGGCUCCCUCACGACGCCGCCCUGCUAUCAGAGCGUGAUCUGGUCACUGUUUCACGAGAGGGUUCAGGUCUCUAAAGCACAGCUGCUGAAGAUGGAGACGAUACUUUAUUCCAGUAAAGCCAAAGAUCCCGACAGGAUGCUGCUGCAGGACAACUACCGCACGACGCAGCUGCUCAACCACAGGGUCAUCUUCGCCUCCUUCUCUGCAGAAUCAGGGAAGGAGCUGUCCCCCGGGGAAGUCACAGCCAUCGUGAUAGGGGUGAUGUGCGGCUGUGUGGGUCUGGCUGUUAUCAUUCGCUUCAUAGUGAAGACAAUACGAUUUUUUACUCUCCUCCACCAUGAAACAGUCGUGGUAAACAGCUCUACCUCUAGCUGGGACGUCCUGCCCAGUAACCGGCCUGCUCCCACGCCAAGGGCGAAGGAGCCAGAGAAAGCAAAUGAGAAAAAACAAGACGUGGCUCUGAACUCGACCUCUGCGGCGAGAAAGAAAGAAGAGCCCUCGCCGUCUCUUCAGACUGAGCCCUAGCUGACCGCACACAGUCCACUUCAGGCCUCGAUCAGACGCUCAAACACUCAUCUCCCCUCUCGACGGUGAAGCCAUCGCUGAUCCCAGGGGACAGAAAGCAAACAUGUUCUCAUUAGCCACAGCUCAGCAGGAAAAAACAUUUUACAAACAACGAGGGAAGGAUGUAAAGUGAACACAGGACAAAUCACCUGCUUAAAUGAUGUCAGUAUUAUUAUUUCCACCCAAAUUCAGAGAUGUUGGGAGUUAUGGUAUCAGACAUUUCUUCAGUUUGCACAUGACGCACUUAGUGUAAAUAUGUCAGUUUGCUGGCUCGGAGUUAAAAUGCCUGUGAUGCAUGACGUGAUUCAUGUAAAUACUUUGUAAAAUAAAUAUUUGGUUUGUGUUUUUUCACGUUUGUCAUCUCAUCUUGUUCAUUCUGCCUUGAAACACAAGCUCACUGUACUGUAUGAACUGAAAUAGACUAGUUUUUUGUUUAAUUAAUAAUUAAUGUAACGUUGUCAUGAUUUUUUCCCCCGAGACUUGAAGAUUAACAAAAAUUGUCUCAAAGUGUCUUGAUUUGUAAAUGCUGGUUCUGUCCAAACAUAUUGACUCUGAAUUUAAAUCUGAUUAUUUUGUAAAUGUAUGAUGAGUUAUAUUUGUGUAUAUGCGUUUAUUCUGUCAGAAAAAGACUUUUGGAGCCAUAUAUCAUCUUCGUCUGAUUUUUGUUUGUUUUGUUGUAUAUAACUCGCCACAUUAAAACACUUGAAUUUCAA